CGGGCUGGAGGUGCAGCCCUCCCAGGUGGGAGGCGGGGGCUGCGGGCGCAGGAAAAGGCGCCCCGGGAGCGGCGCUAGGCAGGGGCCUCCUCCGGCCAGGCGCGGCGCGAGUGGGAGCGAGCGCGCCCGGAGCACGCAGGCGCUCUGCUCGGGCUGGCCCUCGGCCGGCGCGCGGCGCGGGAGCAGCCCGCAGCCGGUUCCCCCCGCGGCGCGUUUCGGGGGUGUGCGGCGGUCACGCAGCAGCCGGCACCAACCGGCCGCCCGUAGCGCGGCGGCGGCGACAGCGGCGACAGCAGCGGGACGGUCCCCUGGGCCGCCCGUGCGCGCUCUCUCCCGCGCGGCCACUCGCGGCGGGCGCUGGCCGGGCCGGCGCGCCCCGCGGGCGGCCGGAGCGCGGCCUUGGCCUCGGCUGGGCGGGAGCGAGCCCGGGGCCGCAGCCCGCGGGAGGCGGCGCGGCGCGGCGGGCACUGACGGCGUCGCCGGGCGCUCCCGGGCGGCGGCGCGGCGGCAGCGCAGGGGGCGGAGGCAGGGGGCGCCCCCGGCCAGGAUGCUGCGGUUCCUGCGCCGGACCUUUGGCCGCCGCUCCAUGCAGCGCUACGCGCGGGGCGCCGCGGGGCGCGGGGCCGCCGGGCUGGGGGACGAGCGGGACGGGGGUCCGCGAGGGGGCCCGGCCGCCGCCGGCGGCUCCUCGGUGCUGCCCGCUGCGCCCGGGGGCAGCGUGUUCCCGGCCGGCGGCGGGCCCCUGCUCACGGGCGGCGCGGCUGUGCACAUCUCCGCCUCUGGAGCUGCCAGGGCUACCCUCUACUGCCGAGUCUUCCUGCUCGACGGAACCGAAGUGAGCGUGGACCUGCCGAAACAUGCCAAAGGCCAGGAUUUGUUCGAUCAGAUUGUGUACCACCUGGACCUGGUGGAAACAGAUUAUUUUGGUCUGCAGUUCCUUGACUCCGCCCAGGUCACGCACUGGCUGGAUCAUUCAAAACCCAUAAAGAAACAGAUGAAAGUUGGACCUGCCUAUGCUUUGCACUUUCGAGUCAAAUACUAUUCUUCAGAACCAAACAACCUUCGAGAGGAAUUUACAAGGUACCUGUUUGUUUUACAACUCAGGCAUGACAUUCUUUCUGGAAAACUGAAGUGCCCCUAUGAAACGGCUGUGGAACUAGCUGCUCUCUGUCUACAAGCGGAGCUGGGGGAGUGUGAGCUCCCGGAACACACGCCAGAGCUUGUGUCUGAGUUUCGGUUCAUCCCAAAUCAGACAGAAGCCAUGGAAUUCGAUAUCUUCCAGAGAUGGAAAGAGUACAGGGGAAAGAGCCCUGCCCAGGCGGAACUCUCCUAUCUGAACAAAGCGAAGUGGCUGGAAAUGUAUGGGGUGGACAUGCAUGUUGUCAGGGGAAGAGAUGGCUGUGAAUAUUCUCUUGGACUGACCCCGACAGGCAUAUUAAUCUUUGAAGGAGCUAACAAAAUAGGCUUAUUCUUUUGGCCGAAGAUCACCAAAAUGGACUUCAAGAAGAGCAAGCUGACCCUGGUCGUGGUGGAGGACGAUGACCAGGGGCGCGAGCAGGAGCACACCUUCGUGUUCAGGCUGGACAGUGCACGCACCUGCAAGCACUUGUGGAAGUGCGCUGUGGAGCAUCACGCCUUCUUCCGCCUGCGCACACCCAGCAACAGCAGGUCCGCCAGGUCCGACUUCAUCCGGCUGGGUUCCCGAUUCCGGUUCAGCGGGAGGACAGAAUAUCAAGCAACACACAGCUCCAGACUGCGCAGAACCAGCACCUUUGAGAGAAAGCCUAGCAAACGUUACCCAUCCCGGAGGCACUCCACGUUCAAAGCAAGCAACCCAGUGAUUGCUGCUCAGCUCUGCUCUAAAGCAAAUCCCGAAGUCCAUAAUUACCAGCCUCAGUACCAUCCUAACGUCCACCCAGGCCAGCCCCGGUGGCGCCCUCACUCUCCAAAUGUCAGCUACCCGCUCCCCUCCCCAGCGCUCAGCCCCACAGAACGACUGCCUUUUGGCCUUGAGGAGAAUGGGGGCACACCCUUCGCCUCCAAAACUUCGGGAAGGCGCCACCCGCACCAGCACCACUCCAACUAUGGCCUUUCUCUGACCCUGGAGAAUAAGGAGGGGCCGCUGAGGUCCCCGAACUCCAGCAAAGCCCUUACCAAGCUGAGCCCAGGAGCAACCGCCCUGUACAGCGAAGCAGCUGCCCACCUGAAGAAGCUGGAGCUGGACACUGUGAAGGCCGCGGGACCCUGGCCUGCCCUGCACAUCAACAUAAACAAGGCUGAGGAAAAGAAAGUUUCAGAGAAGACCCUUCAGACCCCACUGCUGCCUUCGCCAGCGGCAGAUCACGUGAAGUGUAACAUUUUGAAAGCACAGCUGGAGAAUGCCUCUCGGGUGAAUGCCCAGAUUGCAAAGGAAGAGCCCUCGCUUGUAAAUAUCAACAAGAAAUCGAGUCUUCAGGACACUAAUGUCAGAAGCCCCAUUCCUAUACGUGUGGAAACUGCCCAGCCAGCUGUGGAGAAACCAGAAAUCAAGCCUCCCCGAGUGAGGAGGUUAACGAGACAAUACAGCUUUAACCGCAGCGAUGAAGAUGACCUUCCUCCAGACCUGGCUGAGGCAGCAGGAGCCACCACAGCCACCACCACCAACACCACGAUGUCUGCCACUCAAGUCUCCGUGCCACUGGCGUCCCCCAAAAUCCAGAAAGUCAGCUCACCUCAGAAGUCAGAAGUCAAGAGCCCACUGUCCCCGGGGACAAAGAGCCCCUCUGACCAUGGAGGCACAUUUACCUUGGGGCCAGGCGACCUGCUGAUGGACUUCACAGAGGCCACUCCUCUGGCAGAGCCCGCCAGCAGCCCCCACUGUGCCCACUCUCGCUGCUCUCCUCCACUCUCUCUCCCCAUGAAGGAAGAGACCACUGGAGUUUGCAUGUACCCUCCAAUCAAAACGAGGCUGAUAAAAACGUUCCCAGCAGAACCAGUGAUGAACCCAUUUCCUGAUCCUUUUACCACAGGGCCACAGUUCACUGCAGACUUUAGAGAGAACAAAUUACAGUGCUGUCCUGGCCAGUCUUCUCCUCUGAUUCCAACAGCGACCCUGCGGCCACUGACUGAGACCGUGUCCACAGUUCAGACCAUCUACACCUCCCGGAAGCCCGUCUCUCUGGCAGCCAGUGCAGAGACGCUCCGGCAGGAACUGGAAAGAGAGAAGAUGAUGAAAAGAUUAUUGAUGACCGAACUGUGAAACUCCGCCCUUGCUGCCUGGAGAUGGCAUGGUGCCUUCGUCCACUUCCUUUCCUCGGGCUCGGCGUGCUCGUUGCGGCACGACAUACAGAUGUGUGCUCUAUUCGCCCAGGUCUCCAGGGUUAGCGGAAGCCAGCUUCCGGCUUGACUUCGGAAAAGUUAAUUUAUGUCUCCUGAGCAUGAGAGGUUUUUCUACUGUUCAGUGCAGUGGAGACAGGGUUUGGUAGGAAGUUUCUAGAAGAAAGGGAUUCCUGUUGAGAGGUACCUGUGUGUAUUUGUUCCUAACCCCAGGGGCUAACGCAGCACAGAAUCCUCCGCUUACACUCUCAACUAUGUGACUUUUUUAUGAUUGAAACUUGCACCGAGCUUUGGCUGUUUGUUAAAUGGGUCAUUUUUAUGAGAGAAUAUUCUUUACUGCUGUUUUGUUUCCCAUUUACACUGAUAAAUACACAGACUUAUAAAAUUAUUUAUUUUUAUUCAGAUGUGAAUAGAUGAAUGGAAAAAAAGUUACAUAUUACAUAACUGAAAAUACUUCAGCUAGACCUGAGAUACAAUUGAAUGUGUGAACUUGUUGGAUAUAAUAUUACCAGGGAUAAGUGGAAUUUAUCUUUGAGCCCCAUGCAGGAAAUUAUAACUUACCUUGUCUAAAAUCUUUACAGGGUCAAGAUGAUUCAGUAUCAGGAAGACUCAUUUGGCUUUUCCAUAAAGAUAAAUUAUUUCUAAAUUUCAUCCACUCUAACCAUGUUGAUAGAACCUGGCCCAGAAGAAACUUAACCCCCCUUUUUAUAUAGUUUCAAGAAAUGGAUUUUUAAAUUUUUAUUAGGCAUUUGAAAAACUUUACAGGAAUUAAGGAACCCUGCCCACAGCUAGCUCUGUCACCUUCCUCCUUCUUCUCAUUGACAGACUUUAUUUUUACAUAGCUGUGCUCAGCACUGACAUCCUUUUGUUGUAUUUCUCCACCUAACAAUCUCCUUCUCAGAGAGAUACGUUCACUAAUCCAAGUAUCUUUAUAGCCACAUGACGCAGCUCACCUCACUUCUCCCCCUUCAGACAUUUGAGUUAUAUGCAAAUUUUCACAUUUAUAAAUAGUGCUGCUAUGAAUGUCUUUGUAAAAAUAUAUAAAUAAAUAAAUAUAUAUAUAUAUAUAAUCCUUCUCUUGGAUUAUUCCCUUCAGAAUAUCUCCAAAGAGGGAUUACAAGGUCAGAGAGCAUGAAGUAUUUUAUAGCUCUUGUUUUGUAUUGCCAGAUCGCUUUCUAGAAAGAUCCAAUCUUUGGAUUGGAAGGACCUUAAAGGUCAUCUCAUUUAAACUUCCCUUCCUAUGAAUGCUUGAAUCCCCUCUACAAUUUACAAUGCCACCAGCAAUGUAUAAGCAUUUAUAUUUACCAAUAGCUUUGCCAGUUUUGCUAUUCUAAUUUAUUUUUUGCUAGCUUAAUAGAUGUGUAUAGUUAUUCUUGAAAAGCUGUCUUAUUUGAUGAACUGCUAGCAAGGCUGAACACUUUUCCAGGUGAUGAGUUACUGGCUGUGUUUCCUUGUGUGUAAACUGUCUACAUCUGUUUCUUAUGACUGCUUGUUCAAUGGAACUGAUCUCAUACCUUUGUAUCAGAACUGUAUUUUUAUGUUGUAUUAUAGAGUUUGCUCUCUCCCUAUCCUUACAACAGAAUGGUGCCAAUAAUUUGAUACUAAUGACUAUAAAAAUUGCCUCAUUGACUAGCUUUGAUGCAAACGAGGUAUGUAAACAGGUAUUCAGAUAACCAAGGAGUAACCCUUUAAGUACUGACUCUUUACGAUUUUAAUAUUUUUUGAGGGAAAUCUUUCUAAGAUGUAUGGCACAUUUCCCUGCCUUAGUGCAUAGAGUAUCCUGGAGGGUCCUCAGCCUUUUUCUGAUGAAUCCUGGUGGCUAGUACACACAUCAGCCCCUCCUGUACCUUGGUAUGCUACAAAAGAUGUCGCCAGGAGCUAUCAACAUGUGUAGGGCUUGCUGUGGCCUUAUAUAGGCUAUGACCCUCUUCUCAUCGAAAGCUCUUCAUGUUGUCUGCUCUCUUGGGAGAGCUGCCUUGGGACAAGUGUAGUUUUGGGUGGGUACUUUUCACCCACACAGCCCCUACAUGUACUAGUAAAAUAGCUUUGGCUGUUUUUUAUCAUGUGCAUGUGACUCACACCUACGUUCCUACAGAACCUGGGGUUGUCACCUCCUGCCAAUCCAGCAGCUGCUUCCUCUUCUGAGCUGCUUUCUGAGGUGAGCACUCCUCCCCACCUAGCUCUCUGAUGGAAACCUCCAGAAUAUGGUGGAAGGUUUCCAGGGAGGUCAGGACGCAGGUAUAUUCCAUGUGUAUGGUUUGUUCUGCUUCCAAGGAGGGGCACAUGGAGGUUUUGGCUGCUGUUUUCAGGAGACUCACAGCCUCCUGCGUUGUCUGCCACUUCCCCCUGGGUUCACAGCUGCCUCAACAGGUUGGCAUCACUGCAAGUCCGAGCACAAACGUGUUAGCUGUUCUUGUAUAUGAAACCCAGUGUUGUUGGCAGUUCUCCCCAGCCAGUGAGACUCAGAGGAAUGAAUUGCUGUGAAGGCCACCAUCUUUUGCCUACUUAAAUGUAUGGUGGGUGCUUGGCAUCGAUGCCUGCGUUGGCAAAGUUGCCCUGGGUGAACACACAGUAACUACAAGGGGUUGCACAACUAUUACCUUAAGAUCCAAACAACAGCACUAGAACAAAACACAACAAACGUCCACUGUGGAUUCAAAAGGGGGUUGGGAAGAGUCUCCUAACAUAAUCACUCCAGAACUGAGGCUCCGACUGUGGCCUGCCACAGUUAGGAAGUUAGGAAGACAUGGCAUGUUACUGCAGAGGUACGGAAGCCCUCCAUCCACAGAGUUGAUGGGUUGUAGGGAACACAGAUCUUCAGCUGUGAAAAAGGAAGUCACUUAGCAUUCAGAAAUUCCCACCAGGAUGUAUCCAGAAUUUUAUUUCCCAAAGAGCACAGGAAGAUUCUGACAACAUUGUUAUCAUUCACCAUUUCAAAGAUCACAGACCUUUGAAGUCCUUGAAUAAAAUCCACCAUUUGAAUGAUUUUAAAGUGUACACCUCAGUGUCUUUAGGCAUAUCCAUAAUGCUGGGCAAAUAUCAUAAUCUGAUUCUCACUCUGACUCUGCCCCUCCCCUGGCAACCACUAUUCCCUGCCCUGGUCUGUGGGUUUCUGUUUAUGAAUUUGUUUAUUCUGGACACUUCAUCUAUCUGGAAUCAUACCAUAUGUGGACUUUUGUGAUCAGCUUCUUUCACUUAGCCAUGUUUUCAAGGUUCAUCUAUGUUAUAGCAUGUAUCAGAACUUCAUUCUGUCUUUGUGACUGAAUAAUUGAGUAUAUGGAGUUACCAUGCUUUGUUUAUAUGUUUAUUCACGUAAUAGCUAUCUGGGUUGCUCUUGCUUUUGGUCUAUUAUGAAUGAUAAUUUUAUGAACAUUCAUGCACAAGUGUUUUGUGUGAACAUAUGUUUUGAGUUCUCUUGGAAUUGCCAGAUCAUAUGGCAACUCUAUGUUUAACUUUCUGAUGGACUUCCAAGAUCACAGCUUUUAUGUCUUAUGAAAUCCAAAGUGAAAAAUGACAUGCACCAGGCAGUCAGAGGCAGGGCACAUCUGUUCCUGGUCGGAUACUGAAUAGCAACACUAAUUUGGGAAUGUUUUUAUAACAGAAAAAAAGGUCCUUUUGAGAAAUUAUUUUGAUGAGAAGAGAAAUAAAGGUUGUCUGUCUUUUAAACAUGAAAAGGAAA